ACUAUCCAUCUUAAAUGACACUGAUUCAGAAACAACACGGAACCCAUAACACUUUUACUGGUCCGGAAACAAAUUUUAACAGAAACUUACACUUUGUUUACUUGGCCAUUUCGUUUUAUCUGCAAUUUGGCAAAAAUUUUACAAAUUUAAAGUUCACUUGAUAAGGCAACUCCUAGCCAUGGCUUCUUUUAAGUGUGUUUUUACGGUACUGAUAUCUCUGAUCUGCGGCUGUAUGGCCAAAGAGUACCAUGUCUUCUGUCAAUACGACUUGGCCUCUUACUAUUUCAAAGGACGCAGUCAAUUCUUCGACUGGAACUUGGACUCCAGACUGUGCACUCACCUGGUCAUCGGUUCUGGCAUGGGAGUUGAUGGAGAGACCGGUGAACUGAAGAUCACCGACCAGCAUCUGCUACUGGAGAAGAACCUGCUCAGCGGCGUUAAGACCUUGAAGUGUGAUAGCAUUAAGAAGGUGUUGUUCACUAUUGGUGGCUGGCAGGAGGAAUCCGAGCACUUUUCCAGGAUGGUAGCCUCUCCAAACAAGCGCGACAACUUCUACACCUCGUUGACAGCGUUUCUGUUCAAGUGGGGAUUCGAUGGCGUCCAGAUCGACUGGCGCUAUCCCACUCAACGCGGUGGACAAUCUGAGGACCGGAAGAACUUUGUGCUCAUGCUGGAGGAGCUGGUAUUAAUCUUUCGGGAGCACAAGUUACUUCUCAUGGUGGCUGUGUCGGGACGAACGAACCAGGAGACCCUAGAGAGCUACGACAUUCCCGGGAUAGUGAGGAACUCCGACUUUGUCCAUCUAAUGAUGCACGACGAGCGGGAUGCCUACCGCCUGCGGCUGGGCUACAAUGCUCCACUCCAUGGGCAUGGAGACACCAUUGCCGAGGCCAUUAAACACUGGAAGAGGCACGGAAAGGCGCCCGAGAAGCUCAUCUUGAACAUCCCCUUCUUCGUGCGCUCCUACACCAUGGAUAGGAACCAGUCCACAGUAGGAUCCCCCUGCAAAGGACCCGGAAAGCGGACCAAGUUAUCCCAUCGCGAUGGCUUCAUGACCUACAACGAGUGGUGCGUACAGCAGUCCAACUGGACCAGGACGUUCGACAAGGUGGCCAAGGUGCCCUAUGCCGUGAGGGGAGACCAGUGGGUGAGCUACGAGAACGCACAGAGCAUCUGGGCCAAGAUGCACUUGCUGCAGAAGCACAAGUUGGGCGGCGCCAUGGCCUGGACCGUCGAUGUGGACGACUUUCAGGGCGCUUGUGGCGAGCGGCAUGGCCUGCUCCAAGUGAUCUUCGCUGCCUUGGGGGACAAGAAUGCCCUCACCACCGAAAGGCCGACCACUGAGGCCUCUGGACUUUGUCCCCAGGACGGAUUCUGGCGGGAUUCUUGGGACUGCCGGCUGUACCACGAGUGCCGCAAUGGGGAAAGGAUCUACUACGAGUGCUCCGAGGGCCAGUACUUCGACGAGGCCCUGGCCAUCUGCCUACCCGCCGCAGAGGUCAAGUGCGAUCAGAACUUUGUCAUCUGGCGACCCGGAAUGCCCGUCUACAACUUUAAGAACAUGCCGCUGAACCUCAAGAUUGUUGACUAGACCCCAAGAACAAAGAUAACCAAAGAUAUUUGUCUGUGAUCAUAAAGGUCAGCACUUUACUGAUCCCGAGUA